AUGUUGUUGGUUCAUCCUGCUUUUAACAACAUUGUUAUAGAACAAAAGAGAAAUGCAGAUUCAUUUGAUCAUGAAGGGAAUAAAACACUACAGCAAGCAGUCAUUAGUGAUGAGCAGUAUGGAUUUCUUGCCACAGUCAAUUCUAGCUUCUCGCCUGCUGAAGCUAUGAGUGGAACUGUGAGGCAGCAGUCAAAAUCAUGUGUCCUUGUAUCGUUUACCUGA